AUGGCCUAUGCUAUCGACCAUCCCUCUCCUGCCACCAUCAUCCUCAUUACUGGGGACCGAGAUUUCGCCUACGCUGUCUCCUUAUUACGACGAAGGCGGUACAACGUGGUGCUCAUCUGCCACGCGUACCCUGGGCCGCAUAGAAGUCUGCUAUGGCAAGUAGGUCAGCGCGUCGACUGGAAUACCGAGAUCCUUGGACUGAAGACGGGAGCCGUCGCGGUCCGCCGAUGGCGCGCCUCAUCAAUCUCGUCCCAGUCGUCUUCCCUCGUCGGUUCAGCACGUUCUGAGCCAACAACACCGUCGAGCCCUCGACACUCAUUCACCUCUCGAAAGAGCGCGAGUCCAGCGACAACCAUCGUUUCAUUGGCCUCGUCCGAGGAGGCCUCGUGCACGUCCCCUCCGACCAGCCCAGAGAUCGACACGAUGGAGCUUGCGAAAUUAGACGAAAGGGCUCUCCAACCAACUUCCAAGGACAUUUGCGCCGUGCUUUCGAACGUGCGGCCCUUGAAAGCCCUCCGCGACGCGUUCCAACCGAUGCCUUUGGUGUAUCCGUCUCCUCGCAUACUACCAACCCGAACCACGUCGGCGAUGGCAGCUGUGGGACCAUGCAGUCUAAGUACCGAUGCGUUGUCGUGCCAGGCCGUUGUACGGAGGUCGGGAAGCCUGGGCAUGACGACGUCCAGGAUUGAUCCUUCUUGCUUCAAACCUCUGGUCCGCACCCUACGCGCGAUGCAGGAUAUGGGCGUAGCGCGCCCCCUGCGUACUCAUCUAGGCCUCGUCAUGCCCCUUGGCGACAAGGAAGUGUACGCGAAGGCUGGGGUCCGGCACUUCAAGCAGUAUAUCUGCAAAGCAGAGGCUGCUGACCUCGUCGACGUGGGCGGCGCGGGGCCGGACGCGUGGGUCGCACUCAAGGAGACUAGCCGCGUGCAUUACCGCGCUCCGAAGAGUACGCAGGAGAGCUCCGUAUUGCCCAGUGAUACGGAGUCCUUCUCUGACCGAUUGCCUUCGCCCCUUCCGGCCAACGUGCAUGUUCCAGAGCUUCCUCCAUCCGCCUUCAGGCCCCUCGUACGCCUCCUACGCGCUCUCAAGCAGACGGGCGAUCCUCGCCCACGUCGCUCGCUCGUCAGCAUGAACCUCGUGCUGCAGGACCCGGAUGUGUUCAGAAAGGCGGGCGUGGCUUGGUUCGAGGAAUACUCUGCUGCAGCAGAGGCCGCUGGCGUUGUGGAGAUGGGCGGACAAGCGGACGCGUGGAUUGCACUAGCCGAGCCCGAACAUGCUUCGGUGUCGCCCGUAGACGGACAUCGGGGGCCUGCAGCUACAACGCCUUUAGUUGCGGCGGCGCUGUGCAGCGAAUCACAGAGUGCACAGCAUGCAGCAUCCGGUAUGGCUUCAACUCAGUUUUCACCUCUGUUGAAAGUCCUUCGAGGGCGUUCUUCCAUGGGACUUGCAAAUCUUUCGGAGAACAAUCUCGUUCGCUCUGUGUUGGAUGAAGAUCCGUGGGCGCUUCGCAAAGCUGGAGUAUUUUGCGCCUCGGAGUAUAUGAAGCUUGCGAAAGAGGCUGGCAUAGUCGAAGUGACCGGUUCAGGCAAAGUCUACUUAGCAGCUGCAUAUGGCGUGGAUGAUAUUGAAUCAGGCAAACGGCCAACAGAUCCUACAUCUACGCUACCGCUUCAAUCUACAGAUAUUGCGCCAUACGGGCACGUAUUUGCUCCUCUGAUAGAUGCCCUACUGCAUUACAAAAACGCUGGAUAUCCCCGCCCAACGCGCUCGGAAGUCAACGUCAGGAUGCUCGCUAUCGAUCCACAGCUCUACCGCAGAGUCAGGAUGGCGCGCUUCAAGGAUUACUCACUGGCAGCUUACGAUGCGGGUAUCGUCAAGCUUGGAGGGGCUGACGGCGACACCUGGAUUGCCCUGGCAAAUGCUUACUAG